GAUCAGGAUGAAGUUUGCAGAACACUUGUCCGCGCACAUUACUCCGGAAUGGCGCAAGCAGUACAUCAACUACGAGGAGAUGAAGGCGAUGCUUUACACCGCCAACGAGGAAGCUCCGGCCCUCGACAGUGUGGAAGAAGAUGUGCGAAAGCGCCAUUUUGCAAACUUUGAUGAAAAUUUUUACCACUAUUGCGACCAGGAGCUGAAAAAGAUUAACACCUUCUACUCGGAAAAGUUAGCCGAGGCGACGCGUAAAUAUGCCGGCCUUAUCACCCAGCUGCGGACCACACUGGAAAGCCAGCAGAAAAGCAAGAGCAAGGGCCACAGCCAUAAGCCCAUCAAUCUACCCUACCGGAAAGCGCAGGAGUUGAAGCUCGCGUUCAGCGAGUUUUAUCUCAGCCUAAUCCUGCUCCAGAACUAUCAGAACCUCAAUCACACCGGGUUUCGCAAGAUACUGAAGAAGCAUGAUAAAAUUUUAGCCUCGGACAAUGGCGCCCGGUACCAGAAGGAGCACGUGGAGAUGAGCCAUUUUUUCAUCAACAAAGACAUCGACAAGCUGAUCAAUGACACGGAAACGACCGUCACGACCCAGCUCGAGGGUGGCGAUCGGCAGCGGGCUAUGAAGCGGCUGCGCGUACCACCGCUAGGCGAACAGCAGAGCCCGUGGACCACGUUCAAGGUGGGGCUGUUUAGUGGCAGCUUCGUCGUGCUGUUCGUUGCGGUAAUCCUGUCGGCCGUCUUCCAUGACAGUGCAACGGGCGAGAAUCUCAAGAUUGCGUUCCGGCUUUACCGGGGUCCGUUGCUGCUGAUCGAGUUCAUCUUUCUGAUCGGCGUCAACAUUUACGGGUGGCGUUCGUCCGGCGUGAACCACGUGCUAAUCUUCGAGCUUGACCCACGCAACCAUCUGUCCGAGCAGCAUCUGAUGGAGAUGGCGGCCAUCUUCGGGGUGGUAUGGACGCUCAGUCUGCUGAGCUUCCUGUACAGCGCGAGCCUGAGCAUACCGCCGUACAUUAAUCCGCUGCUAAUGACCGUUAUUAUGAUUGCAUUUCUAAUCAACCCGCUGCGUGUGUUUCGUUACGAGGCACGGUUUUGGCUGCUGAAAACGAUCGGCCGCAUGGUGGCGGCACCGUUCUUUCACGUCGGAUUUGCCGAUUUCUGGCUGGCGGAUCAGCUCAACAGUCUCGUUACGGCACUGCUGGACUUUCAGUUUUUAACCUGUUUUUACGCUACCAAUGGGAAUUGGUUGGAAGCGGGCAAUACGCGUCAAUGUAUGGAGGAAAGCUAUAUUAUCCGUCCGCUGGUGAAUUGCUUGCCUGCAUGGUUUCGUUUCGCUCAGUGUCUGCGCCGUUAUCGGGAUUCCCGUGAGGCGUUCCCGCAUUUGGUAAACGCCGGCAAGUAUGCAACAACCUUCUGCGUUGUCAUCUUUGCCACGUUACGGUCCGCGUAUUCUUACAAAUAUGAAGACUCCUCGGAUAACGUUUUCCUCUGGUUGUGGUUGUUUAGCUCCGUUGUAUCGUCCUGCUACGCUUAUACGUGGGACAUCAAAAUGGAUUGGGGAUUGUUCGAUAAAAAUGCCGGAGAAAAUACUUUCCUUCGAGAGGAGAUAGUUUAUUCUAUGCCAUUUUUCUAUUAUUUUGCAAUCAUCGAAGAUUUGGUACUGCGAUUCGUUUGGAUCUUAUCGUACGCACUGAUCGAAAAUAAAUUUAUCAGUGGCGAUCUAAUGACCUCGAUCGUCGCACCGCUGGAAGUGUUUCGUCGCUUCGUGUGGAACUUUUUCCGUCUGGAAAACGAACAUCUCAACAAUUGUGGUAAGUUCCGUGCCGUACGGGACAUUUCGAUCGCUCCGAUCGAUUCGAACGAUCAAGUAAUCAUACUGAAGAUGAUGGAUGAGGAGGAUGGUGUUAUUAAUCGAUACACCAAGCAUAAUCGACCAAAGCCAAAAAAGACGAAAGAAGAUCGUAGACCCUUGUUACCAGCAUUUAAGGGAACGCAUGAAGCCACACCGCCCGACGCAACGAGCACCAAGCAUGUCUGAGUGUUCCUC